UCUUAUUUGUUUGCUCUUUGUCUUCUGUUUGCUUUUCAUAUUUCGUUCUGGCCUAGGAAGCACUAUUGAGAUUGCCUAUCACAUUCUAGAGCGUCUAUCUUCUCUACAACUAUGUGAGGUUUCCGAGUUCAAAUUGGGCGAUCGUGUCAUCAUAUGCCUUAAUAAUAGGAUUGUAUAAGCGGUUUGGGUCUUGGGGAGUGCCAACAAUAAGACAUUUGUCAUUGCAAGGAAAGAGUAUGUCUCGUAGGGAGAUCAAGGACUGAUAGCUCGGUGUGAAAUAGUCUCCAGCAAUUCUAAGAAAAUCGCUCUCCUCACUUAUCACUCCUUGCUUUGCAGGCGCCAGCUCUUCAGUACUCAUACAAUUCCAUUUCUCAACAUGGCGAUCGGUUUUUCUGGGCGGCUGGACAGUUCUUGGUAUCAAAAUUGACACGGGUUUCCGACAACUUGAAACACCAAGUGUGUCGCCUUCUUCAAGGUACAGAGCCCAAUCAUAUGUUACAGCGACGUAAAGAAUUGCCUUAAUCCACGAGCAUGAUUUGAUUGGAAGUAUCCCUUUAUAUGAUUCUAUAUUUGUUUAAUUCAGCGUAGACCAAUAAGCCGAAAUGUACAGCAGUUAGGUCAUACGGAGACAAUUUGUUGCCACUGAUUGGAUACAAUAAAUGUUCCAGGCUGCUGCCUGAAAGAAACAUGUCCCCUCACUGUUUUGCCUCAACUAUUAUAGUUCAAUCAUGCCAUGUCAGUUGUUGGGCGACAAAACAGCUCGUUUAUGACCCAUCACAUCGUGGCACACAGGGGUCCCUGUUUUAUUGUUCUAUUUUCUUUCUUCCGUAGCUACCCAUAUCGAGGGCAAUGUCCAUAUUGUUCUAUAUUUGAUGGAGGGUCUACAGCAAAUUUGAUUUGCCCGGCAUAGUCAAAUCCUGGCUAAGCGCUAUCAGCAUAGUUACAGCAAAUGAUUGGUGUACAGGAAGGUUGAGCACUAUGGCUGGGAAUAAGAACUGAGCGUGAUUGUAUUUCCCAAUGAGGAGAACACUGGGUUGUUGUGCGGCUUUUCAAGACAGUGUUAGGCUUAUAAGAUGCUCCGCGGCUCUCCUCAAGAGCAGGAGUAUGUACCUUCUUUAGUCAUCCAAAAUUCAGGAGCAGCCAUGGCCAACAACCAGGCUCUUUUAAACUUCCUGACCGUGGCACCUCCUGCUCUUCCUACCCAAAAUACCAACAAGACACCCAAUACAACAAACCCAAACUAUAGUUGGGGGGAUAUCAACAGUGUUGGUCAGUGGCCCGGAUUCACAUACGCUCAUAUCAUGCACCGCUAUGGGACCUUGCUUCAGCAAGCACAAAUUGCGAGCGAACCAAUGCCAAACUCCCCCCCACAGCCUAUAAACACAGAGCCGAUGUUCGCUCUCCGUUUCAACACCUACAUCCAGAGUCGAUUGCGUCGCGCGCUGCGAGCUGGUUUCCAACCCCUUGCACCUCAGCUUGCAAAUCUGCAUCUUACUCCUAUUACGGUUGAUAUCGGUGACGCAGCAACUAUCAUCGACAACUACCGACCAGACAUCGCAUUUUUCCAAGCUGGUAGCGCACUGAAUUCCUCACCAAAUCGCUGUCCGGGUGAUCUAAAAGUAUCAUGGAAGUGGGAAUCUGGGUACAGGACGUCUUUAGUGCCAGGAGAUCGCAGGGAGUAUUUGCAAGUCCUGUCUCAGGUAAAUUAUUACAUGGGACAGCAUUGUGCAAGGUACGGUUUUGUCUUGUCAGACACCGAGUUGGUACCGAUUAAAAGGCUUGACGGGAAUGGCAACCUACUGGUUGCACAGGCUAUACCAUGGGAAGCAGAAGGGCCUGGGCGUUUGACUAUUCUGCUGGGACUUUGGUAUCUUGGGAUGUUAGGCGCGGCGGAUAAUGACUGGCGGCUUCUAUAAUGCGCAGGCUAAGGAGUCGUUCCUAGUAGUAUUUUGUGUUUGGCGGCAGACACUUAUUUUGAUCUUCUUCCUAUAAAACUUGUCAGUCCCUAUCGAAUCAGAAAAAUGGAGAAAUGUGUUGUCUGCGGCGACGAACAAGUAGCCGUCCGAAGCCUUCAACAACUUCAGUUUCAAACUCAAUCCGGCCACGUCCCUUCUUUUCAAUGUAUGUGUCGUUGGGAUAAACAAUCGCAACAUCAAAAUCAACCCAUAUAACCCUCUCUUGAUCACUAGGAACGAUGAGAAUAUUCUUU